AUGGCACUCUACCCAUAUGGAAGCUCUUCGAAGGGCCACACAAUGCCCCAAGGGAAGACGGAAUUCGAAAUCCUUAGAGACUCACACAAAUUCCUGCGCGAGGAUGAGGAUGACAAUAGCCAUCUCUCUUGGGAAGAGAAAUUGGCCUCCAAAUAUUACUCAAGUCUAUACCGGGAAUUCGCUAUGUGCGACCUCAAGCACUACAAGUCUGGAAACUUUGCGCUGAGGUGGAGGACGGAAGACGAGGUACUUGCUGGACUUGGAGAAUCCUCAUGCGGAAACACGCGAUGUAAACACUACACUCGUACAUCGACCAAAUACGACAAUCGCUCUGAAGUCAAGAAACCCGCUUUGUCGACGCUAGAACUGCCGUUUGCGUACUCGGAGCAUGGGGAGAACAGGUCCGCGUUAGUCAAAGUGGUAUUAUGCGCGAGGUGUGUGGACAAGCUGAUGUGGAAACGAAGGCAGAGCAAGGACAAAGAGACAGAACCAGAUCGAGAGUCAGGACGAACAACAGUCAAAAAAGAGGAGUUGGAACUCGACGUGUUUAGCCCUGAUAGCAAGAACGACGAGGAUAGAGGGCACGGUGUGAGCCCUCAUGUAGAUGAAUCGAGUAGAAAUAGGAACACAAGGACGGAUCGUUGGGAUAAAGAGGAUAGAGAGAAACGACCCCAGAUUAUUUCGAAGCGAAGACAUUCCCGUUCCCGAUCACCCCAAUCUCACAUAGAGCGAAAGCGAUCCAAACACAGAUAA